GGCGACAGCUAGCCAGCUGCGCGUUCGUCUUUCUUGCUUGUGUUUUUCGGAUGUCGUAUCGGGAUUGACGUUUCAUUAUUAUUUUCUAACGUAAUAAACAAAUAAAGCAAAAUUAUUCGCAUGCGCGUGUGAAAAAGUUUACAGAUGACAUUAUCUUACAUUCGGACUCACAACAUAUUAUUGUUUCGGACGUUUUCAAAUUGUAAUCGUCGUUCCGAUGUACGUUACUUGGAUACCCAGUGUCUUUUGUCUGUAAUAAGAGUGAAUAAAACAAAAGUGGUGUUAUUUUAGUUCGUUCCUGUCAGGUACGUCCGUGGACAAGAGUGUGAUCAGUGAUUGUUGUCGUGGCCGGUUUCCGUUGAGGAAACUUUCAUAACGUGCAUAUUUCUGUGGGUAAUGCUUUCCUAGCGAAUGCGGGCCCAGCCUGCACGCAUUCUUUGGGGAAGCAAGUGCCGGCAAUAAGCAUUUUACGGGAAGCAGGAGGUGUGGGUGGCGGGGCCGGCAGCGGCGGGCUGCUGGCCAUGAACGCCACCCAGGUGCAGUGCGAGCCCCACGACUCAGUUGUUCUCAUUAAAUAUGAACAUCGAUCAGCCGGUGGUAGCUGGGAGGAGCCAGUGAGCGCGGUGCGGAACGCGCCGCUCCGGCGCUCGCAACGCCUCAACAGCACUCUGGACUCCCGGAGUACUGGCCAGCUACGCAACACACUGAGCCGCGCGCGCGAGCUGUGCGAGCGAUGGCGGAGCGGCGGCAGCACGCCGUCGCCGCCGACGCCGACGCCGGACGACGAGGGCGGCGGCCGGCUCGCGCGCUGGUUCAGCGUGCGACGCGGCUCCGCGCACCAGUACGACAUGCACGCGCAUGAGCCGGACAAGAUGCCGAAACUGCCGGAGCUAGAAGAAGACAUGUUUUCGUGCGGCGGCGAGGUGCGAGGCGGUCGUACGCCGCCGCCGUCGCUCGGUCCGCCGCCGGACGCGCUCAGUCCGGUGCAACUCCGGCGACGGCACGUUGUAGCCGCGAUCAUACAUAGCGAGAACUCGUAUGUGGCGACGCUGCAGCGGCUUAUUAAUGACUACAAGAAGCCGCUAGAAGAGAGCAGCCCGGCGAUACUGAACGCUAGCAAGAUACAGACGCUGUUCCACCGGCUGCCGGACAUCCUGCAGUGCCACUUGCACUUUCGCACCGCGCUCGCCGACUGCGCUCGAACGUGGGACCGCGACGAAAAGAUUGGCGAGGUCUUCCUAAACGCGUUUUCCAAAGCGGUGGUGCUCGACGUGUACUCUGACUUCAUAAACAACUUCUCGGUCGCCAUGGAGCUGGCCAAGAUGGAGUCGAAACGCAAGUCGGCGCUGGCUGACUUCUUCAAAGUGAAACAGAUCAGCGCACACGACAGGCUGUCCUUCUUCGGGCUGAUGGUGAAACCGGUGCAGCGGUUCCCGCAGUUUAUUAUGUUUUUACAGGAUCUCUUAAAGCACACGCCUCCGGGACACGUGGAUAGAGUUGCAUUACAACGAGCUCUGACCAGAUUGGAGGCGUUGGCCGACGCUCUCAAUGAGAGGAAACGGGACGCGGAGAGGACGCAGGCGUUCCGCGGAGCCCUAAGACGGUUGACACGCGGCGGUAUGACGGGCGCGGGCGGGGCGGGCGGUGCGGCGCGGUUCGGCGCCGCGCGGCUGCUCGCUUCGCGCGCCGACCGGAGGCAUCUGUUGCGGCAGGACGACUUGCUGCAAUUGGAGUUCAACCAAUCGGGCACGCUCACAAAGUGCAAGCCGCGGCGGCUGCUGCUACUCAACGACCUGGUGGUGUGCGUGUCGGUGGGCGCGGGCGGCGAGGAGGCGGAGCGGCUCGGCCUCAAGUGGGCGCACCCCGUGCAGGACGUGGACGUGCUCGAUACGGGCACCUCGCCGACGCUCAGCCGCGUGCUGGCUCAGGGAAUGAACCGCAGCGGAAGCCUACGAUCAAACUCGAGCAGUAGCACGUCCACCGGAGAUUCCCUUUGCAACGAGAUGUCAGCGCUAAUGCACGACUAUGAAACGGUAUCGAGAAUGGCCGAUUUGGCCGCUUCGUUGAAGACACCGUAUUCGGAAGUCGCGCCUGAAGUGUUUAAGGCUCUGUUGCAAAAUAUACAGAGGAGUAUACAGAAAAAAGACGACGAAAUGGCAUGGGUCGAUUCCUGUUGUCUCCAACUAACCAUCCGCGGUCGCGAAGAGCCACUAACAUUCAGAGCGAACGAGCCCGGUGCUAGACGUGCGUGGGCGACUGAACUACGGCUAGCGCAACUUGCGCAGGCGCGGGCUAAUUGCCCCGCUUGGCGGUUACCAGCAACUACACCACCACCGCAUAAGAUGCCGCUUUAUGUAACAGCCGCGCCCGUAUACUCGUCUAACAAUUUGACUGAGGUGAAAUGCGGGUGCUUCUACACAUCGAGCGGGUGCGCAGGGGGUGGUGUGCGGCGACGUGCGCGCUCGUUGCUGUGGGUGUGCGCGGGCGGUGCUCAGAACACGCAACUGUCUGUGCUCACACAUAGAGCGGCCACGCUAAAGACGCUAGUGACGUUGGAUCUACCGGAUACUAGGGUAAGCUCAAUAGAAUAUGCAAAAGGAGUGAGACAAGUGAACACGCUGUGCGGCGACACAGUGUGGCUCGGCACUGAAGACAAGAAAAUCAUCAUAUUCUCUGGCGUCGAGCCCGAGAAGCAAGAGAAGUUGACCGAAGUUCCCACUAUAGCUGCUGUUACGCAAAUCAAAUUCCACUGCGACUCCAUGUUCGUUGGUCUCGCCAACGGAAGGAUAUCAGUUUUUAGAAGAAAUCAUGACGAUUCCUGGGCCCUGCAGGAGCCUAUAGCGAUUGAACUCGGGGACAAACCUGUACAUUGUAUAUUACCUGUUGAUGGAAUUAUUUAUGCGGCGUGUGCGAAACGAGUGUUCGCAAUAAACGCUUUGACUGCUGAAAUCAUGCGUAUCUUAGAGUUAAAGGGUGAAGGAGAUAGAUCUGUAAAAUAUUUGGCGCAUUCCGGCGUCGGACUCUGGGCGGCUUUCUCAGAAUCGACGUUCGUAAGUCUGUAUCAUACCGAAACAUUUGAGCAUUUACAAAAUAUCGACAUAGCCGCUGAUGUGGCUAAAACUAUUGGUGCUAGAGAAGGAAGCAAGCCAGCCCACGUUUCAGCUUUAUUGGCUGUUCAAGGGCUCCUAUGGGUCGGUACAACGGCUGGUGUUAGUGUUACUGUACCGUUACCGAAACUAGAAGGCCUGCCUCUCAUCGGUGGACACAUUGCCGUGUCCUACCAUGCUCACGCUGGCCCCGUUACAUUCCUACUACCAUUGAACACCGAGACUAAAGAUGUUGAUGUCAACACUGUUAGACGUAAUUUAUCAAACGCACGCGCACUCGCCGACACAGCCCACGAAUUCAAAGAAGAAGAUGGCAAAGAAGACACCGAAAAACAUAAAUUAGAACGAAGGAUAUCAGAAGAAAUGAGUCCUUAUAGACCGCAGCGAGUGCAAUCAGCUGUGAUUAGAAGGAAGAAACCUGGUGACGUGCGUCUGAGCAAAACUCUGCCAAAGUGCGCUAAUUUGAACGCGUGUGAUGUCUACGGCCUAUUUGGGGAUCUAAUGUUUGUAAAGGACUGCGUCGGAGAAAGUGACGUUAAUGGCUCAGGCGGUGAAGCGUUAAGGCGGAGUGACCCAGAAUUAGCAGCUAUCCCAUUCCGUGUCAGCACACUAGAUAGACGGCUACGCAUGCGAGCUGGUAGACCUAGAAGUCUAGAUUUGUCCAGCUGGUCGGUCGAUUCACGAGCUUCGAGUCUAUGCACGUCGUCUGGAAGCGAAGAAUCUAUGGCAUUGCGUGGUGUAUCGCGAACUAGUUCAGGCGCGUCGGGAGCGGCGAGUUUAGCUCCUUUAGCCGCUUCCACACCUGAUUCGUCAUCGGGCAAGUCGAGUGCAUCAGAACGCUCCGUAUCGAGAAGCGAUUCGGCAACUGCUCCAGCGAAUGACGCGAGAGGUCCAAAGAAGAACGCCGUCAGAAGUCUUCGAGGGGCGGAUUAUAUAGUGGGCGAUGGCGCGUCCCGGAGGUCUAUAGUGACGGUGAUGGGUGGGCGUGGUUACGUCGACUGGAGACAAACAGCUGAUGCUUCGGAACGCCCGGCCCCUGCCGCUGACCCCAAUCCCAAAGACGCGCAUCUCAUCCUAUGGGAGAUGCGCUUGUGACCUCGUUAGAGGCGGAAUCUCUAUACGUAACAACUCGGUGUCAUAUAGUGUAAAUAGAGGUGCAUGUUGUAGAUAGGUGUACAUUCGUUCUGGUGUCUAAUAUUGUAAUAUAGCUAUACCCUCCCUGUUAACGCUUCGCCGACGAGCGGCUUCGGUUCCAAUUUGAUACAAAUGCGAAGAGAAAAUUUAUUGCACACAGUGUAAUUGCGUUCGUGAUAAGCUUUAAAUUAUUUUUCGAAGUUGUCGUUUAAAUGUUAGAAAAUGUAUGAUAUUUACAGUUAUUCAAUUAUAUACGCGCAGGUGCAUUAUUUUUUGUGAUCUUUAUAUUGAUAAUAAUAUGUUAUAUAUUGUGAAGCAUUUCGUGUUUUCUAUGAAAAAUUUAAUUAUCUCUCACAAACCGGUUACACAUUAUGUUAUAUUAAUUUUUAUUACUAAGCUCUUGAUUUCCAAAAUGUUAAAACCGCCAUAUUAACAUAAUAUAAUUUUGUAUUGUUAAUUUUUAAAGCGUAAUUGUAAAUCUUGGUUAAAAUAACAUUUUAUAUUGUUAAGUAUCAACUGUUAAUCUGCUAUGGAUGACUGGACAUUUUUUUCAUAUUGUACAUACCUACAUACACAAAAAAUAAGUAUUUAAAAAUAUAUUAAUUUAUUAUGAAAUAUCAAUCUUAAAUUAUAAAGUGCUAAAUUAUUUUUUGAUCUGUGAAAAAUUGACUAAAAAACUACUAUCACAUUAAAUUCGAAUUAAAAAAAAUGUAUAUUAUUUACUAGCAUCAUUUGUAUCCAUAAAAGAAAUAUUCAAACACAGUCCAUAGUAGACAUACUAACGAAACCUAGUGGCCUUACGUUACUGAACUUUCCAGUGUGAUUAUGGCAUUCGUUUAAGCUUUAUGGUUAGACAUUAUGUCGCUUUAAGAAUUAGACUGAUUUUAUAUUAAGCGUUUAAAUUGUAUAAUAAGUUAAACGAAUAAGACGAAAUAUACGACAAAUACGAUCGAACAUCCAAAACUCAUUUGUGACUGAGCACAAAAACCUUUUAUCCGGUUGAAUUUACUUCUGUUUGCGAAAAUAUAAGUUAUUUCACAAAUAAUAUUCAAAAAAUAGACAAUUUUAAAAUGUACUAUGGAAAUAGCGAUCACAAUUUACUACUGAUUCUUAAUAAAGACUGUUACAAUUGCACAAUAAUUGUUUGUAUUAUCUUUUAAUUUCCAAAGAAAUAGUACCAAUAAAAUUUCAUUGUUCUAUACCAAACGCAUAAAUUCCGUGCCAAACUUCAGCCCGUAGUUAAUACCGUACAAAUGUUCAAUUUUUGUUUAUAUUUUCUUUUUUAUUCAGAUGUCUCGAAUGUUACUCAGAACCUCAUUUUUUAAAUUGUUUUUAUGCAAACCGUCACAAAAUGUAAGUGUUAAGGUGUAAAUAAAUUUUAAGUUUAUAUGUAUACACCUGUA